AUGCGUCGUGUACCAAGGUUAAGGGCGACCCUUCCGACGGGCAUUGUCCCCUCGUCAACACCAUCCAGUGCUCUCCGCGCACCCACAGCAGCACCCCCCGCUUCGACCUCGACUCUUCCUCCAACCUCGAGGGUACACAACUCACAAACCCGGCGAUACCUCUCCACGACCCCCCUCCGCUCCUCCCAGUCCCAAAACGAACCCCCAACCCAAUCCACCACCGAAUCAUACGAACCCUACGAGGCAGCCUACCCCCCGACCACGAGCGCACCCGCUCCCCAAAGCCAACUGGUCUACCCGCGCCUGAUCACGACGGCCCCGGCGGCCGCCGAGGUCACGGACCCGGCCUACCGGCCGGCGGAGACGGCCGAGGGGCUCGAGGAGGUGGGCGGCCUCGGCGGGUGGUGGGACGAGCCGGCGCACUGGGGCGGGGCGGGCGGCGCCGCGCAGUUCGUGCAGUCGGUGGUGACGCCCUUCGGCGGCCCCGCCCACGGGCGCGUCUCCGACCCGGCCGUGCUCGAGGUGCUGGCCAAGCGGGCGAUUGUCGAGGCGCUGGUGGUGGCGCGGUUUGCGGGCGCCGAGAAGAGGAAGGCGGUUGAUCGGUUGUUUGCGCAUGCCGGUGGUGCGGAUCGGCUGGGGAAGAUUGUGCGGGCGGAGGUGGUGGUCGGCCCGGAUGGGGCGGCGACGCUGAAGGAUAAGGCUGACUGGGCGAGGGUGUGGUCGGUGCUGAAGUCGGCGGUGAUUAUGGCGAGGGAACCGCAGCAGAUGCUGGAGCAGCAGCAGAGGAUGGAGAGGAUGAUGGGGCAGGUGGAAGGCGAGACCGCGGAGGCUGGGGAGUCUGGAGAGGCCGCGGUGCCAGAAGUUGAAGCGAAGGGACCAGCGCCGGCGCCGCAACUCACUCCCCAAGUAGCCAAGACCUUCCUGGGGACCUGGAACAACGAGUGGAAGAAGGCUGAACUGAGGGAUCCGGUGGUCAAGUUCUAUGCUGCAAAGCGGAUUCUGCAAUUGACAGGACACCGCAUCCCCGAUGGCAAACUGGUCAUGACCCACACCAUCGAGGGCCUCCUGCAGCAGCUCGUCGCGCCAGAGAAACCCAAGAAGCUCGCCGAGCUGAUCGAGACCAAGGCCGUCUUCAAGGACCUGCCCAACGUCCGUGUCUACCCCAGGAGAGUUACGCCCAUCGACAAGGAGCAGAUGGUGGGUCGCUGGAAACUCAUUGUCAAGGAGCUGGAGAAGCGCGACUUGCCCGUUCUUGGCACGGGCGACUACGGCCCCCCGGUCGAAAAGAAAUGGAUCGAGGGAAGGUGUGACAACAACAUCCUCGGCCCGCUAAACCACGGCAAGCAUUUGCUGAACAAGACACCACAGCCCGCUGAAGAAGAAACGGAGUUUUCGUCACUGGAUAGAGCCCCGGCGGUCCCUAGCGGCCGGGAGAGUGGUGAAGAUGAUCGUUCCACUCAGUUGAAGGAAGAACUUGCUGGACUUCAGAAGGCGCGGGAAGACGACCAAGCUGUUGUUGUUGAGAAACUUGCCGACAGAGCCAGAGAUGCGUCUUGGAGGCCACUUCUUGGGGAGUCUGGACACUUGGAACACGUCCUCUCUCUCGUGCCUGUUACAAAGGGGCCACAACACCCCCUGAACAAGCAGGCUCUCCGUCUGAUUGGUAAUGCCUGUGCAGACUGCGACGAGAACCGAGCCCGGGUUGUCAGCUCUGGGGCUCUCCGCAGUUUCGUCAUGAACAUCAUCGAGGACCCGGAGGAAGAUGGGUUUCUCCCAUUCGCGAUAGCCGCGGCUCUGAACAUAUGUGUAGACUACAACAUUGAACCCAAGGUUGCCAACCCCAACACGCCCACUCUCCUUCUCAGCCUGGCAACCAGCGAGAAGUAUGAUGCCGACCUUGACACCUUCAUGGAGAUCUGCGCCCCAUCCUUGGCCUACCUGACGUUUGGCGACUUCCAGCCAGUGUUUGUGAAGAACGGUGGCAUCGAACUCCUGCAGUUGGCGUUUCAUCAGUUGUAUACCCGCUUCGAUACAACAGAUGCGGAUCCCGAUACCGCCAGCCAGCUGAAGCAGACGCUGGUGGAAUGGUUGGCAUCACCAACCCUCCCCAACCUGCAAACAGCAGCAUGCCUUGCCCUCGGAAACCUCAGCCGCUCUGACGAGUCCAGCACCGCGCUUCUCCCGCGUGUCCAACAACCUCUAAUCGACAUCCUUUCCCGUGCCAUCCCUCCAACUCUUCAAUCUCAGAGCGUCAAAGCCCCGGCACCGCCCCUCCAGCUCACCCACGCGGCCCUCCAUUUUCUCAAAAACCUCGCGAUUCCGCAGGCCAACAAACCAACACUAGGUGCUGCCCUUCUCGAGCCCGUCCACGGCCUCCUCCCACUGCUCUGGACCUCAACCCGCACACAGCCCCAGCUCCAAUUCACCGCCGUCUCCCUCACCCGUCUGCUGUUAGCAAACUGCCCCGCCAACAUCCGCCACAUCUGCACGCCUACCCCAACCAGUGACACCACAGGCAACAACAUCAAACCCCCCAGCAACCUCGCCCUCCUCAUCUCAACCGCCGCCUCUGCCGACGAAGAACCCAUCAAGAUCGAAGCCGCCCGCGCAGCCAGCCUCGUCAGCCGCGCGUUGCACUCCCAGCCCACCACCGAGCUGCUCGACCCAUCCUGGACCUGGCUGUUCCCCGCAACCCCAACCCAAACCCAAGCAUUCGCGGAACCGAUCAGCACAUCCACAACCACAACCAAAACCACCCCCAGCAACACCACCACCACCACCACCACUAACCCAACAACCCUCACUCACUUCCACACCGCCCACGCCACCACCACCACAACCCCCUCCCUCCGCCUCCUCCUCACCAACACCCGCUUCCCCGCCCUACGCUCUGAAGCCAUCUUUGUCCUGGCACUAAUGAGCCGCGCGGGAGAGCAAGGCGCCCGCGCGGCGCUGGAGGUGCUGCACCCGCGCGGUCAGAACAGGACCAGCGAGGGGGCGGGGGCGUGGCGGGCGCUGGGUGAGACGAUUGCCGGGUCGGGAGUGGUUGAGGUGGAGGGGUUGGUGGCUGCGUUGACGGCUGCGUCGGGGGUUGUGGGGGAGGUGAUUGAGGGUGGGGAUGGUGAGAAGAAGGAAGAAGAGGACGGGGGGGUGACGGUGGAAAAGCUGUCGCUGGAACCCCAGCAAAUCGGGGGUCUCGGUGUGCCCGGGCAGGCGCAGCAGCCGGCGCAGGUGGCGAAGAUGGAUCGGGAGAACGGAAUGGUGCUGGUUGCGGAACUGCUGAGGCACUUUCCCGAGGGGCUGUCGACUCUGAGGAGGCCCCUGGAGGCAGUCCUCAACAAGGGUGCCGAGUUGGUGGCUCAGGAUCGAGACCGUGAUAAUUGA